CAUUAACGCACCCUUCCUGCAACCAUAGAAUCUUGUUCUGUCUCAGGAGAUAGUCGGAAAUUAAGCUCUCACUCGUGUCGCCCACAAUGGAAGAAAUGAAGAAAACUGGCGUCCGGCUGCCCAAGGGUAGACAAAGACCUAUAAAGACUGAAUGGAAUUCCCGGUGUGUCCUUUUCACCUAUUUCCAGGGUGACAUCAGCAGUGUAGUGGAUGAGCACUUCUCCAGAGCUCUGGGCAAUGUUAAGAGUCCCCAGGAAUUGAGCCCCUCGAGCCAGAGUGAAGAUGUGAUCCUGAGGAAUGAUAGCGACAUGCCUCCAAAUCAGUGGCGUUUCUCUUCUCAGUGGACAAGGCCACAGCCAGAAGUAUCUCUUGCCCAUGGUGCUACCAGCGGCAGCUUGAAUGUGUCUGGUCCCGUGGCUAUGGAUCAGUACCCACUGGCCCUGACUGCGAGCCCCUCCACUCAGCCUGGUGAGCUGUGGCAUUUCUCUUCUCUAGCCAGCCCCAGCUCCCCAGAGCCUGGCUACCCUCAUGCCUUCCCUUAUGGGCACAUGGUUCCAGACCCUGAGCCUGAUGGGAACUGUGAGCCCUUUCUAAGUCUCCUCCAGCACGAAAGAUGCCUAGCCUGUCCUCAAGGAUCUGCCACGAGGGAGAACUGCAACUCUGCCCUGAUAGCCGGAAGCCCGGGAUUGUUCCUCAGCCUGCCUCCCAGCUCAGCCCACUGGUCCUGUCUUCACCUCAUUAUAAGAAAAUAUACUUCCCCCCCAAAUCGUGGACCUGCCAGUGCUAGCCUUGCAAAUGAAAGAAACUGGUCUCCAGAAAGAAGACAAGAUCUGUUCUUUUACUGAACUUUGGCUUGAAGAAGAGAAUUCUUUGUUUGCAAACCUGCUCAUGAUUUUCCACUGUGAAUCCAGAGAGUCGAGAAACAUCACCAUCCUUUUCUGUUUUUUUUGCCACUAAAGAGCAUUGAGUCAGGAGCAAGCUCAUGCUCUCUCCGAAAUUGUGCACUUCUCUUCCUUGUCACCUAUGCCCUAGGGCAGGGAUUUUCAAACUUCUUAAGUGGAUUCCCAGCAUAUAAAAAUGGUUAAAAGAGCUGUUCUGAGAUGGGGAACAUAGAGGCCAACCUGCUUGUUCAUCCCACCUCCCACUGCACCCAUCACCCUAUUUCAUAGAAAUCAUGGUCCCCUUACCCCCAUCAGUCAGAGUCCUUCCAUCCAUCACCAACCACAUGGUAUCCGAUGGGGUGUCCCAUUUUCAAACUGGAGAGAGAUGACCAGGAACAGCUUGAAGCUUUCCAGCCUUAACCAGUCUGGCCAACUUCAUUCCUGCUUCUACUAAAAGCAAAAUGAAAACAGGAUGGGCAAGAACCAUUGAGAAUGGGUUGGGACUGGGGGUUCCCUGCAUAUACAAAGUCUGAAAGGAAGCUGAAAAGUCUUGAGCUGGCCCUGAUGAAUGAAAUACUUUCAACUGAAAAAUUUGGUUCCUCAGUUCUAAAAAAAGUGAUUUUAAAGAGAACUGCUGAGGAAUCUUUGACCUCUGAGAACUUACUUAAUAGAAGUUGAGCAAACUGCCCCAUUCCAACCUGGGCCUGUGGCUGGAGCAGAACUUACCUUAUCCAGAGCACUUCUUGGAUGCAGUUUCUGUCAGUUCUCAGUCUGACGGUGAGGAGUCUGGCAGCUGACACUCCACAGGUGUUGGACGUUGGCAGCAUCUUGUAGUUUUCCAGAGGGUCCCACCUGGAUUACAUAAACAAUGUAAUUUCUCCCUUAGCUCUUUCCCUGUUAGUGAUGGGAAAUAUUCCUUCUUUUUUUUUUUAGCACAGAACCCUUGGGGUCACCAAUGUUGGUCAUGUUGGAGAAGAAACGCAAGGCUUGGUCCAAGACAUGGCAGCAGGACUCUCCCUGCAAGAUUGUUCCAGAUAAAAUGAUGAUUUCUCCCAACUCACUCAUCUCCCCAUUCUGGUAGAAAGCCUUGUUUCCUGUGUGAGCUAGGUGCUUGCCCUGUGACAACCCAGCAGCCUCACCCACACCCUAUUUACUCCAGUGUUAACAGUUCAGAGGGUGACUAAC